AGCUCCAUCUUCUCUCCCAGGGGUCUCAAUUUUUCAUUUACAAUCCAGUCCACUGCAUGCCAGUGAGCGCGCGUUUGAAGUGCCAGAGCGUGUGGGUGUGAGUGAUUAGAGGAGUAGAGGAGAGAGCCAACAGCUUCGGAGUGUCCUGCCUCCUCUCGACGCUUUACGCACAUGCAUCUGAAAGGCAUCAGCAUUUCUGGAUCGGCGCUCAGUCAACAACUCCGUGGAGCUCGGGGAGUUUUUUCUUCUUCUUAUUGAACCAACAGUACUUUGCAGAAAGAGACUACAUGGGUGAACGGAUUCAACAGACGUCGUGAUCUUUACAAUUAAGUUCCACAACGUUUUAGACCAGGUUGUAAUUUUGCUCCACCUGGAUCUGUGAGAACAACUUUCCUAUAGGUAGCUAGCUAUCAUAGUGAGCAAAGGCAACUAAGACAUCGGUUUGGAGGCGCUGUUGCUUACGAGUUUGUCUUCAAAUAUAUGCGAGGAGGACCUGCUUGCUUAACCUAAAACACUUGCCCAGUUUUUUUUUCCUCUUGUAUCGUAUUUGCGUCAUGACUUCUAGCUAUGCACAUGUAAUGGACAGACAAGCAACCAUAUCCAGCAGACUGGAGAGUCCCAUUACAGCCAACCUGGAAAACCUGCAAGCCAAAAAGAACUUCUCGGUGAGCCACCUGUUGGAUCUAGAGGAGGCUAGAGAAAUGGUCGGUUCUCAGGCAGAUGAAAGUGUUGGAGAAACGGGCAGGACUAUGCUGGAAUCUCCGGGUUUAACCAGCGGCAGUGAUACAACACAGCAGGAGAAUGAGCAGCUAAACUCAGAAGAAAAGAAGAAGCGGAAACAAAGGAGGAAUAGAACCACAUUCAACAGCAGCCAGCUGCAGGCGCUGGAGCGAGUGUUUGAGCGGACACACUACCCAGAUGCCUUUGUUAGAGAAGACCUGGCACGCAGGGUUAAUCUCACCGAGGCUAGAGUUCAGGUGUGGUUUCAAAACAGACGGGCAAAGUUUCGGCGUAAUGAGCGGGCGAUGCUGGCCAGUAAGAAUGCUUCACUUCUCAAAUCCUACUCGGGAGACGUAACAGCAGUGGAGCAGCCAAUUGUCCCCCGUCCCGCACCCCGUCCAAAUGACUACCUGUCCUGGGGGAGCGCAGCCCCGUACAGCUGGUACCCAAGGCCGGAGGGAGGGCCAAUGCGAGUGCCACAGAAAAUGCUGCCCACAGAAUGCAACUCCAUGGCAACCUACCCACCCACUUGUGCCAACACCACUUCCACACAGGGAAUGAACAUGGCCAACAGCAUUGCUAACCUGAGACUGAAGGCCAAAGAGUACAGCCUCAACCAAGUGCCCACUGUCAACUAAGCCUGAAAAGAGGGACGGGAUGAGGGGACAAAGAAAAGCAAGAGACGUUGAGAAGAGAAGAAUUCAGAAGAGCUGGAUGAGUUUGGCCUCCUGCAGUGUCAGAGCAGAAUGGAUAUGACUUUUCACCCCCUCCUAAACCAAUGGAAUUGCAUUGUUGUCCCUUACAUUUGGCUUUUUUCUUCAUCACAGAUGAAGGUACGUUUCUGAGAAACUCAAUCUCAUUUUGUACUGACCCGAAGAUUGUAAAGACAACGCAAGGUCUGCUCUUUGGAGAACAAGUUGACGAGCAGGGCUCCGCUAAAUCAGUAAGAAGUGGCAGACGGAGCGUCUGGAUGCUGCAAGCUGUUCUUUGCUUGUUUGUUUUUGGCUGUAUUUUGGGUCGACCGGAUGGAAAGUAAAGACACUUUCAUGGCAAACAAUGGAGGACUGUUGUUCACCAUUCGCCGCUGAAUGGUUUAAAUUACACCAGAAGUUUAAUGCUGAGAUUUGGCAAAAUAGUGACCCAAAAUGUCUCCAUGUCUACAUCCAGUAGAAUAAAGAGACAUUUGUGGAGUUUAAUCAGUAGACAUGAGAUGUUUAAAACCAUCAAUGCUAACGGAAGCUCUGGGGCUGGAUUACAUCUUUUAAUGUCUUGAAUAUUACACCACUGUUUAAGGUAAAUACUGUUCCCCAUGGUGACCUAUGUAUCUGCUCACAGUACACUAACAAAAUUAUGUUUCAGUUUUUCUGGAGGUGAUUUUUAUCAAUCAUAUUUUUUCUUCUUAUAUUUGGAAACCAUAUAGUAAUAAAACAUUUUCAAGCAAUAAAUCUUAUACUAUUGUGUUGAAUCCUUCGGUUGAAGAGACAUGACCUUUUUGCUGUUUUUGCUAAAUGCUGACAUUUGAGAAACUGUUGCAGGCAACAGUGUAAAUUACCUUAAAAAAAUAUAUCUGCAUGUAAUAUUUCUUGCUUUAUGUUAGUCAAAACACCAACACUACAAAAUAAAUAAUCCAAAAUUAA